AUGUCCAUCCACCGGCUAAGACAGCUUCUGAUCCUGGUAAUCUUGGCCAACAUGGCCUGGGCAGGUGAGAAUCGCAUCCCGAUAAGCGUCAAGGAAAGUUCCAAUCUGAUGGUCAAGAUGAGCGAGAUCCUCUGCAGAGCUCGGAUCAAAGUGCUGUUUGUGUAUUUUGAAAAUCAAACCUCACACGAGCACACGGGUCAGAUUUUAAGGGAGGUUACCAAGUGCGAUAUAUCCUACAUAUCACUAAGAAAUCAAAAUGGACCAUUGGAGGCCGUCAAGGAUGAUGGAAUCCUUAUGUACAUGGUGAUGAUAAUUACGAACAUAUCGCAACCGUUGGAGCUUUCACUCAUCCGGAAGAAAUCAGCUGCCAAGCAUCGAUCGCAUGUUUUCCUCUUGGUGAGAGAUGCCAAUACAGUUUCCGACGCUUGGAUGCGAGCCAGUUUCCGGCAAUUCUGGAAGAUCUGGCUGCUGAACAUCGUGAUCCUCUACUGGCGAGAUGAACGACUACAUUCAUAUCGCUAUAACCCCUUCACGGACAACUAUCUAAUACCAGUAGACAACAAUCCAAAUGGUGUACCCACUUUGGAGCAACUAUUUCCCAGAAACAUACCCAAUAUGCAGAGAAAACCCCUGAGGAUGUGCAUCUACAAGGACGACGUGAGAGCUAUUUUUUGGAAGCAGGGAAUUAUUCUUGGAACAGAUGGCCUGUUGGCAGGCUAUGUGGCUGAGAGAUUGAAUGCCACCAUGAUGAUAACGCGACCUCAUAGCUAUAAUAAUCACAAUCUAAGUUCAGAUAUUUGUUUCUUUGAGGUUGCCAAGGAGUACGUGGAUAUGGCCAUGAACGUUCGCUUCUUGGUCCCGGAUACCUUUAAGAAACUGGCGGAGAAUACGGUUUCCCAUAUGCGCGAUGAUCUCUGUGUGAUUGUUCCGAAGGGCAAGACGGCUCCUACGUUCUGGAAUAUAUUUCGAUCCUUUGGAACAUCGGUUUGGGUUCUCAUACUAGCUUCUGUAUUGGUGGCAAAUGUAUUCUGCUAUAUCCUGCGGGCUGGAGUGGGUGGUGCUUCCAUGCAACUGUUCGCCGGAGCCCUAACUAUGCCCAUGACCCACAUCCCACCGAAUCACUCACUCCGACUAUUCUGUAUCUUUUGGCUUUAUUUUGGUCUGCUCAUCUGCUCCGCUUUCAGAGGAAACUUAACCAGCAUGAUGGUGUUCCAGCCCUAUCUGCCGGAUAUAAACCAAUUGAGUGCCCUGGCGAGAUCUCACUAUCACAUUCUCAUUCGCCCGAGGCACGUAAAACACAUCCAGCAUUUCCUUUCUCUAGGGCAUAAGUACGAGGCUAGGAUCAGGGAGCAAAUGUUGGAAGUUCCUGAUGCCCAGUUGUACGAAAUGUUGAGGAAUAACGAUAUAAGAUACGCCUAUUUGGAGAAGUACCACAUUGCCCGAUUCCAGGUGAACAAUCGGAUGCACAUGCACCUGGGCCGUCCACUCUUCCACCUGAUGAACAGCUGCCUGGUGCCAUUUCAUGCCGUUUACAUUGUGCCCUACGGAUCGCCUUACCUCGGCUUCCUGGAUUCUCUCAUCCGGAGUUCACAUGAGUUCGGAUUUGAGCGAUAUUGGGAUCGGAUCAUGAAUUCAGCAUUCAUCAAGUCAGGUGUAAAAGUGGUGAACCGUCGGCGUGGCAGAAACAGUGAGGAUAAGGUGGUCCUCAAGCUGCAGCAUUUCCACGCCGUAUUUGCACUGUGGCUAGUGGGGAUCGGGUUGUCAUGCUUGGUGCUGGUCUGGGAGCACUUGACCCACAACUACAAUUGGGCGGUAACAAAGCGGCGGCACUAACUAUACUAUAUCGCAUGCAACAUGCAAUGUGAUGAUGGCGAUGAUGAUGAUAAUGAUGAUGUUGUUGAUGUG